UGACCUGAAGCUGUGGAGAAGAAGAGGAGCGGGGCCAGAAGCCAGUGGACGCUGCUCUCUGUGGAAAGACGGGCGCCUUUCACUCCGCCCCGCUUCAUAGCAGCCAAAGGGGUGAGGGGUCAGGCCUGCGAGCUGCGGAUCAUGGCGCUAGCCUUGCGACUCUGGUGCUCCCUUCCUUUGGGACGUAGCGCUGCCCUGGGACCUCGGCUCCCGACGGGUGCUGCUGGCAGCUGCGAGCAGUGCGUUCUUUGGCGACUCCGCGGUGCUGGGGUGAUGGGAAACCCAGGAGCUUUCAAAAGAAGUCUUCUAUUCUCUGCCUUGUCUUAUUUGGGUUUUGAAACUUAUCAAGUCAUUUCCCAGGCUGCUGUGGUUCAUGCCACAGCCAAAGUCUUCAGAGUUGAAGAAAUCCUUGAACAAGCAGACUACCUAUAUGAAAGUGGAGAAACAGAAAAACUUUACCAGUUGCUAUCCCAGUACAAGGAAAGUGAAGAUGCAGAGUUACUGUGGCGUUUGGCACGGGCAUCACGUGUUAUAGGUCGACUCAGUGGAACCUCAGAAGAGGAGAAAAAGCUCUUGGUGUAUGAAGCCCUAGAGUAUGCAAAAAGGGCACUAGAAAAAAAUGAAUCAAGUUUUGCAGCUCAUAAGUGGUAUGCAAUCUGUAUUAGCGAUGUUGGAGAUUAUGAAGGAAUCAAGGCUAAAAUUGCAAAUGCCUACAUGAUCAAGGAGCCUUUUGAGAAAGCAGUUGAACUCAACCCUAAAGAUGCUACCUCAAUUCACCUUAUAGGUAUUUGGUGUUACACAUUUGCUGAAAUGCCUUGGUAUCAAAGAAGAAUUGCUAAAAUGCUGUUUGCAGCUCCUAGUUCCACCUAUGAGGAGGCCUUAGGCUACUUUCACAGGGCAGAGCAAGUGGAUCCAAACUUCUACAGCAAAAACUUGCUUCUUCUAGGAAAGACAUAUUUGAAGCUACACAACAAAAAGCUUGCUGCUCUCUGGCCAACAAAAGCCAAGGACUAUCCAGCGCACACAGAGGAGGAUAAACAGAUAGAGACAGAAGCUGCUCAGUUGCUUACAGGUUUCAGUGACAAGAACUGAGAAUUUUUCAAUGAAAUAUCUAAGAAGCAGUGCCUUUUCAUCAAAUUAUAAAGAUAAUAAAUACAUUAACCAUUUAAAUAAAUAAAUAAAAUAAAAUAAAAUGUGGUGACCUGGAAGAAGAACUCAAUGUCACUAACAACCUGAAGUUGCCAGAGGCUGCAUCUGAAAAGGAGGAUGAACAUGAAGAAGAAAUUAAACUUCUGUCUGACAAACUGAAAGAGGCUGAGACCUGUGCCGAAUUUGCAGAGACAACAGUUGCAAAACUGGAAAAGACAAUUGAUGAGCUGGAAGAAAAACUUGCCCAGGCCAAAGAAGAGAACGUGGGCUUACAUCAAACACUGGAUCAGACACUAAACGAACUAAACUGUAUAGAACCAAAACAGAAGAGUUUUGUUCCAACAAAAACUCCAGAGCUCUGUGUCUUUCUCUUCUCUUGUAAGAAGUUUCUUUUGUUAUUGUCUCUUUGCUUUGCUGGAAAUGUCAAGCAAAUUAUGAAUACAUGACCAAAUAUUUUGUAUCAGAGAAGCUUUGUGCACCAGUUAAAUCUGUUCCUUCCUUUUUUCAAAUAGCAUCAGGUUUUUCAGCUCUGUUUUUAUCCUUAAAUUGCAUUUAUUCCUGAGGUAGGCAGGGUAUUUCAUAUUGAGCAUACUCUCAAGACUGAUGGCAUUUGGUUCCUGGGAGAAUAGACAACCCCACACUUUUAAAACACAGAUUCCGAUGUCUAGUCAUGGGUCAGUUUAAAAGGUUGAAGAAUAUCCACCGUUGGUCACACUAUAGGAAGCCAGGGACCAUCCCAUUAAAAUGGGUGGGGAUUUUCCAUCCAGAGCAAAAAAGGGGGUUGGGGUGAGGUUACUAUGGGAAGUCAUAAACCACACAGAGGUUAACCUAAUCAUCCUGGCUCUUUUCCACACUCCACCGUGCAGAACAAACAUCCUCUGAGCAGUCAGCAUGAGAAUGCUUGAAAAAGAGUCAUAAUAAUUACCCAAAUGUUUUCUGGAUAGAUCCUUGAUAUGCUCUUCUCUAUGCUUCUUUCACUCUAAAGUUGUUCUCUGAGGAGCUGAUGUCUUAUUCCAAUAAUGACCCAUGCUUAUCUGCUCUGAUAUGAGGCCAUCCACUCAGCAGGAAUGAAUGUUGUAGAAUUCAGUCCUAUUCAGAGAAGCCAUAUCAAAAAGACUGCUAGCCAUCAAUAGUUGAGUAAGACUUUCCAUAAACAAAUAUUGGGCAGAAUAGCCCUCUCUGACAGCAAAGUAAGGAUGAAAAAGUAAUUGGCCUAACUUCAUCUCCUCUAUACUCCAGGGACUGGCAAAUUGGAUAUUUACUUAUCUGGAAUUUUAAUUCCUUCUUCAAGACCAAGUUAAUAAAAGACCAGGAAACUCCUGCUUAAACUGGAUAUGGAGUAUUUUGUAGACAGGGCUGGCUGCACAGUUUGGCUUUGUUAGAUUUCUGCUUUCUCAGUUAACAUCUUAGAGCUGAAAUAUUCCACAUUCCCCAGCAGUGUGGGGGCCAACUCAAGUUUAUAAUUCUGACUAAAAAUCACCCUGCUUCUAGUUUAUCCAGAUCCUCUGCCCCUCACUCCUAUUUAUUAAGCAUCACACUACCCAGGAGAUACACUAGCAAAUUGUGCAAUUGAAUAAAACCCACACUUUUCAUUUAGAUUCUUGCAACUGUGUCAUAUGUAAUAGUAUCACUUUUUCUACAUUUUGGUCAAAUAAAUUUUUACAUAAACUAAAAAAAAAAAAAAAA